GUACACGUCACUGCUUGUGCAGGGGAGUAUAGGCUGUGUUGUCAGCCUAGUGUCAGUCUGAUGAAGAUUGGCAUUCAGACUUUGUGUGGAGGACCGGACACUAAGGCGUGGAAGAGCAGACAACGACAACAUUGACUACUGCUUUGUUGCAGAGGGCAAACUAACUGUCUCCAUGUGAAGCUGUCCCAUGAUGCAACAUGUGUCCCCAGCACCAGCACUGACAAUGAUGGCCACCCAGAGCGUUCCUCCACCGUCGUACCAGGAGAGCCAACAGAUGACAGGCACCACCCAACAGAACUCCAAGGCCCAGCAGGUCCACAUCACAGCAUCCUCGGCGGCUGGGAACACCCCCGUCAGUGUGACCCUUGACCCCCAGGCCCAGCUGGAGUCAGACAAGCGGGCCGUGUACAGACACCCUCUAUUCCCACUGCUGGCCCUGCUGUUUGAGAAGUGUGAGCAGGCCACCCAGGGCUCCGAGUGCAUCACCUCUGCCAGCUUCGAUGUGGACAUCGAAAACUUUGUCCACCAGCAGGAGCAGGACCACAAGCCGUUCUUCAGCGAGGACCCUGAGCUGGACAACCUGAUGGUGAAGGCCAUCCAGGUGCUGAGGAUCCACCUGCUGGAACUGGAGAAGGUUAAUGAGCUCUGCAAGGACUUUUGCAACCGCUACAUCACCUGCCUCAAGACCAAGAUGCACAGCGACAACCUGCUCCGCAAUGACCUGGGCGGACCCUACUCGCCCUCGCACACCUCACUUAGCCUGCAGCAGGACCUCCUCCAGACGUCCUCUCCGUCCAUGACAUCAGUCUCCAGCUCCGUCAACUCCUCGGGAAUCAUGGUGCCCACCGGGACCCUGCAACAGGGCAACAUUGCCAUGACUAACAUCAACUCCCAGGUGGUGUCAGGUGGAACCUUGUAUCAGCCGGUUGCCAUGGUGACAUCGCAAGGGCAGGUGUUAACCCAGGGACUCUCCCAGGGGACCAUCCAGAUCCAGAAUUCACAGGUAAACCUGGACUUGGCUUCACUCUUGGACAGUGACGACAAGAAGCACAAAAACAAGAGAGGGGUCCUGCCCAAGCAUGCCACCAACAUCAUGCGCUCCUGGCUCUUCCAGCAUCUCAUGCAUCCCUACCCAACAGAGGAUGAGAAAAGACAGAUUGCAGGACAAACCAAUCUCACCUUAUUACAGGUCAACAACUGGUUUAUCAAUGCUCGCAGGCGCAUCCUCCAGCCCAUGCUGGAUGCCAGUAACCCAGACCCAGCCCCCAAGGCUAAGAAGAUGAAGUCCCAACACCGUCCAACCCAGCGCUUCUGGCCAGACUCCAUUGUGGCUGGAGUCUUGCAGACACAUGGACCUCACUCUAAUAACGCCGACAACCCCCUAAGCUUUGACAGCCUCCAGCCCCUGUCCUCUGUCUCAGCCACACUGUCCAUGCAGCAAGCCAUGCUCGGGGGAACCGAUGACUCCAUGGAUGGCACAGAGGAAGAGGAAGAGGAAGAAGAAGAGGAAGGGAUGGAAGAGGAGGAGGAAGAGGAGGAUGAGGAGGAGGAGGAGAGCGAGGGAGGAAGGAGAGAUCUGGGCAUGGAGCAUAGAGAGGGACUCGACUCUGGUCUUCAGAGGUCCGUUUGGUUCAGUUGUCUCACUGCAUUUAAUUUCUGGAUUUCCACCCUGCAGUCACCGGUCACUGGAAAGAGCAAGCAGAUUGAAGGCCCCAAGAUGUCCAUCGCUAAUGCGGCUGCCCAGGCCAUGCUGUCAGACGCCCUGCUACGCGACGGCGCUGGGGGCAACCGCAUCGGUCACCUGGAGCUGGAGCUGCCACUUGACAGGGUCAUCAAGUUUGUGUCCGUGGGGCUGCCCUUACUGCUAGUGUCCAUGGCCUUCGCUCGAGAAAUCUCCAUCGGCCCACAGAUCAGCUGUUUCCCCCCCAAUAACUUUACAGCCAAGCAGGCAGCCUACGUGGACACAUACUGCUGGGACUCCCUGAUGCACCAUGAGUUUGACACAGAUGGAAACUUUGAGGAGCGAUCCCUCUGGGUGCACAAGAUGUUCCCGUACUCUCUGUUGGCUAUGGCCAUGAUGAUGUACCUGCCUGCCCUCAUCUGGCGUUUCCUGGUCAUGCCGUCGUUGGGCUCCGACCUGCUCUUCAUCAUUGACGAGCUGGACAAAUCCUACAACCGCUCCGUGCGAUUGGCUCAGAGCAUCCUGGAGAUGCGCCAGAACACCCAGAACCCCUUCACCUUCCAGGCCGAGCUUGAGAGGGCCAAGCGGAAGCGUUACUUCGAGUAUCCCCUGUUGGAGAGGUACAUGCAGAGCAAACACGGCUCCUACUUCCUGGUCAGCAUGCUCUUUCUGCGCGGCUUCCUCUUGCUCACCUUCAUGUCUGCCGCCUGCCUCUACCUCGUCUACUUCCACCUAUCCGCCUUUCUCCAGGAUGAGUUUAGCUGCUUUGUCCGCACCGGCUUGCUGCGCGACCAAAACUGGGUCCCAGAACUGGUCCAGUGCAAAAUGACCGGCCAACUGGUGUUCCAGGUUAUUAGCGUGGCUAACGGCGCUAUCUACGUCCUUCUGGUACCUAUCGUGCUGUUCAGCUUGGUCCGCCUCUUCUGUUGGGAUACGACUCUAUUGUCGGUCUACGAGGUUCUACCCGCAUUGGGACUUAACAGCGGUCGCAAGCUGGGCUGCCCGCUCAACGACCUCAACGUUCUUCUGCUGUUUUUGCGAGCUAACGUGGCGCAUCUGCAGUCUUAUGGCAGGCUGAGGGCCGUAUGCUCGCUGGCAUCCCCGCAGAUCGGGAAGGGGAAUGGCGUGAAGGGCGCAGGGAUGCUGACGGCAGAGGAAAUCGAGGAGAGGGCCGAGGCAGCACAGGAGCUGGAGGAGGAAGUGGAGGAGCUGCAGGAGGAAGGGAAGCUCAACCUGGUGGAUAUCAUGACCAUUUUAGGAGCGGCCCGGGGAAACGCGGUCAACUGCACCGAUUCCAGGCCUCUGGUGGAGGAGAAUAUGAGUCUGGGUACUGAAACUCUUAUCUACACUCUCAAACGUAUUCUGCUUGUGGGAUUGUUCACCUAUAUUGUUUGGGAUGUUCAGAAAAUUAUAAAGUGAGGGAGCUCUCUCUGCGAGACUGCAGAUCAUGUUCAAAUUAAAUAAUGGACGGUGGUGAAAGCAGUUUUCAUUGAAUAGCCACUCUACUCUUACUGAAUAUUGGAUGAGGAGGCAAUAGUAGUAAUGGACUUCACUUGAGAUGGCAGUUUUGAUUCAAACUUUUCCAUCUACACUGUGAUACAAAAAUGCGUUCCACAAACAUUAACUGUCCACAAAUGGUUUUCUUAUACAUGUACUACUAUGCCAGUAGGCCUAAUAUAAAUAAGUAUUACAUGUUAGAGAGUUUUUCCUCAGGACUGGAAAGCCUAUAAUUCUAAAAGCGGCUUUUUUUUUAGGAACUACAGCAAGAGAGCAGAUACAAUUAGUUCCCACUCCUAACUGCCCUCUCUGUCUCC